AUGGUGGCAUGGGCGCCGCCUGAGCUUGGCUGCCUCCUCGCCUGCGCCAGCUCUGACGGCAAUGUGAGCGUACUUGAAUUCCGUGACAAUCAAUGGUCGCAUAUCAUCUUUCCUGCUCACGGCAUGGGUGUCAACGCCGUUAGCUGGGCACCGGCGGGGAUACCAGGGACCAUCGCUCGGAAAGACACAGGCACGGCCGCAGCCAACUCUGCAUCCUCGUCAGCUACCCGCCGUUUUGUCACUGGGGGCAGCGACAACACCGUCAAGACCUGGGACUUCAACGCACAAACACAAUCCUACGAGAACACUCUUGUCCUCCCGCAGGGUCACAGCGAUUGGGUGCGGGAUGUGGCAUGGAGCCCUACCCUCCUAUCGAAAAGCUACAUUGCUUCGGCGAGCCAGGACCGAAGCGUCAAGAUUUGGACAAGCCCCAACCCAAAUGACCCCUCCUCCUGGACCCUCGCCAAAUCCCUGGAGCUGGACGCCGUACUCUGGCGAGUCAGCUGGAGUCUCUCCGGAAACAUUCUCGCAGUCUCUGGCGGUGAUAAUAAGGUCACCCUGUGGAAGGAAGAUCUCAAGGGUAAUUGGGAGAUCGUCAGGGAGGUUACUGAAUAG